GAGCAGGAGCAGUAGCAGUACAGGGAAUGGAGCAGAAUUUCUCUGUAAUAAACAGCGACAGAUGAAGAGAGACGGGACCGGGCUAGUGCUUCAUAAAUAAAGACAAAGAAACCCACAAUAAAACCUUUGUGCAGCAGCAUUUCUUAUAGUAAUAGCUCUUAUUUACAUUUAUAUAAUGCCAUUUUAAAUGUUUAGUAAAUUCCAGACACAUAAAUAUCGAAGAAUCUUCAAUGCCAUAUCCUCCAGAGAGUGGUGGUGAACUGUGCUGGAGCAAUGAGGAAUCAGAUGGAGAAAGUGAUUGUGAGGACUUCGUCUAUGGAACACAGGUUCAUUAUGCUGCUGACCUGUAUUGCCACCCACAAUUGGACAUAGAUGUUGGGGCUGUGAAAGAUAUCUACUCAGACAGUGCUGUUUCUGUAAGGGAGUAUGAGGCAAUUGAUGAUGUGGACAUUGACCUACUCAUCAACAUUAGCUUUCUAGAUGAACAGGUGGCCUUAGCAUGGAAAGUCAACAGAACUGAACCUAUCAUCCUACGUCUUCGAUUUUCAUUGUCUCAGUAUCUGGAUGGACCAGAACCAACAGUAGAAGUGUUUCAGCCUUCCUCUAAAGAUGGCUUCAGUGUAAGCGUGCAGCUCAAGAGAAUUCUUACCACCUUCAUAUCCAACCAGUGGAGGCACCUGAGCAAUGAAUUUCUUAGAACUCAGCAGAAGAAGAGACAUAGCUGGUUUAAGGCUGGAGGAACCAUCAAGAAGUUCCGUGCUGGACUCAGCAUCUUCACGCCAAUAGCCAAGUCCCCCAAUGUUCCACUGAUCCAGGGUCCUGGGGACAAGGGGAGGGUAGCAGGGCCUGAGCCGAGAGUGAGUCGUCUAAUGAAUCGCUCAGUCUCCAGCACCAUGAGGAUGCCUAAAGGAGACUUACUGACAUAUGCACCCAAUGGACAAAGUGUGGCAGUCCCUGGCUCCAAGUCCACAGUGCAGAUAACCACAAAGCAACUUAUUGAGCUGUUCUUCUCUUCACAAGCUCUCCUUCACUGCAAGAGUAUUCCUACUUUAGAGUAUGGCUUUCUUGUACAGAUUAUGAAAUACUCUGAGCAGAGAAUUCCCACUUUAAAUGAGUACUGUGUGGUCUGUGAUGAGCAACACGUCUUUCAGAAUGGAUCCAUGCUCAAGCCAGCAGUGUGCACCAGAGAGCUGUGUGUGUUCUCCUUCUACACACUGGGAGUUAUGUCAGGAGCUGUUGAAGAUGUGGCAACAGGGGCUGAGGUGGUUGACUUACUGGUGGCAAUGUGCAGAGCUGCCCUGGAGUCAUCUCGUAAGAGCAUUAUCUUUGAUCCCUAUCCAUCAGUGGUUGACCCUAUCGACCCGAAAGCUUUGGCUUUUAACCCUAAGAAACGAAGCUAUGAUAGGCUGCAAAAAGCUCUGGACAGCAUCAUGUCGAUACGAGAAAUAGCACAAGGCUCAUAUGUAGAGAUAAAGAAACAGAUGGACAAGGUGGAUUCACUCGCACAUCCUCUGUUACACUGGAUCAUAUCCAGCAAUCGAUCUCAUAUUGUUAAAUUACCCCUAAGCAGGCAACUCAAGUUUAUGCACACUACCCACCAGUUUUUGUUGCUCAGUAGCCCUCCAGCAAAAGAGGCCAGAUUUCGCACAGCUAGAAAACUGUAUGGUAGCACCUUUGCCUUUCAUGGCUCCCAUAUUGAAAACUGGCAUUCUAUUCUACGAAAUGGACUUGUUAAUGCUUCGUACACAAAGCUGCAGCUGCAUGGGGCAGCCUAUGGAAAGGGCAUCUACCUCAGCCCUAUCUCCAGUAUCUCUUUUGGAUACUCAGGGAUGGGGAAAGGACAGCAUCACAUUCCCACAAGAGAGGAGCUGGUAUAUCAUUUUAACAGAGUGAACAGCAUCUCACAGAAUCCCCCAGUGCAGUCAAGGUUUCUUCAGAGUCGGAAUCUCAACUGUGUUGCUCUAUGUGAGGUAAUAACUUCUAAAGACCUUCAGAAACAUGGAAAUAUAUGGGUAUGCCCAGUGCCCGACCACGUCUGUACACGCUUCUUUUUUGUGUAUGAGGAUGGUCAGGUGGGAGAUGCAAACAUCAACACACAGGAGGCACGAAUUCAGAGAGAAAUCUUGCGCGUGAUUGGAAUAAAUCAAAGUUGAAAGCGGCUUUCUGACAUUGUAGGAUAUUUAAAAGGAGCACAGACAGAAUUUACUUAACAAUUAUUUCUGAACUCUUUCAUCAGUGUCACCAAAACUGUAGCAGAACUACGAUUGCAAGGUUUUCACUUAAUAAGGUGAAAAGGAAAAGCUGUUUUUUAACCAUUUUGCUAUUGUAUGUUUGUUAGUAUGUGUGAUUGUUCUGUGUUUUAAAUACAGUAUGUUUGGCAUUCCAGUAUAAAUAAAUGAGGCAGAUGCAUGUGUCCCCUCUUCUAGCUUUACUAGGAGUUCUGCUGCCAGGUUCAUGUAGUUAUUGUUAUUUAUAAUAUUGGUUGGACCAUGAUUUUGAGAACCACCUUUCCCAGCCAAGAUGGCAGUUGAUAAUAAGGGGGCUACAUAAUAUGUUCUCUUGAAAGGGGUGUGGGGGGUGCUUGUAUUUUUAGAAAGGGCUGCUAAGUCUUUUAAAACAUAUGUAAAUUACAUUUAAUACCUUAAUGCAUUAUUAUAUCUACUUGUCUGUGUUUAAAUGCUUAUGAAUUUCCUUUUAUAAGUGGACAUUUUGUAAUGUUUGGUUUUGAUUACGGUCACACCUGAAUCAUUGCUUUUUUUAAUAUUUAUACUUGAUGGUGAAUUUUAAGAAAGUGAUUACAGCGGUCACUUCACUUUUGAAUUUCCAUUUGAAUGAAA